AUGGUGGCAAGCUUACAUGUUGUGGAGAGAGAUGUUUUAGGUCGUUUCACGCAACCCCAGAUUCUGAAGAGGCACAAGAGUCUAAUUGUGAAUCUCUUUCUUUAUCUCUUGAAGAACUGGAGGUUAGUUAAUCGUUCUGCAGUUGGUUUCAAGUUGGACAGCCUAUUGAAACUCACUGAUACACGAGCUUCUAACAUCAAGAUGACUUUAAUGCAUUAUCUCUGCAAGGUUCUUGCCUCUAAGUCACCAGACCUUUUAGAUUUUCAUGUGGAUCUUGUUAGUCUUGAGUCUGCAGCGAAGAUACAAUUGAAGUCUUUAGCAAAAGAAAUGCAAGCCAUUUUGAAGGGACUCGAAAAGGUUAAACAAGAACUCGGUGCGUCUGCAAAUGAUGGCCCUGUGUCUUGA